AUGGCUUCCUUGGGUACUUCACAGGGACCGCAGGCCAUCUCGACUGCUACCGACGUAGAAACAAAUGCCCCCGUUUCUAUGGUGAAUCUCGAUUCAGAGAAGGGAGGGAUUGUAGAGGAGGCUGCUGAACCUGAAGAUCUCAAGGAUUUUCCCGAUGUGGUACUGGACUUUGAUGCGCAACAUGGUGUUCAGAAGAUAGAGGCUGUCACCCUGACCUGGAGCAAAGCCUCGCUGGCCGCUCUCUUGAUCAACAUCUGGCUCAUUUUUCUGACCAACGGAUUCCGAGGUUCUAUCCUGGCUGGACUGACGCCUUAUGUUACAAGUGACUUUCAGUCGCACUCGUUGUUGACUGUGAUUGGCAUCGUAUCCGAUGCAAUGACAGCUGCUGUUUACAUUCCGAUGGCAAAGCUGCUUGAUGUCUGGGGCCGAGCUGAAGGGUUCAUACUCAUGGUCUGCUCUGCCACCCUGGGCGUCGUUCUGAUGGCUACGUCGCACAACCUUGCUACAUUUUGUGCUGCACAGGUCUUCUACUCCAUUGGUUUUGCCGGCAUCAUCUACACCGUGGCCGUUCUCGCAGCAGAUGUGACUUCGUUGCGCAACCGAGGUAUCGCAUUUGCGUUCACGUCUUCGCCAUACAUGAUCACCGCGUUCGCGGGGUCUAAAGCGGCAGAAGCGUUCCUGCUAGAUGUGAAGAACUGGCGCUGGGGAUUCGGCGCUUUCGCCAUAAUCGUACCCUGUGUGACUCUACCAUUGUUCGCUCUGUUGAAGCUGCAAUUACGCAAAGCACAAAAGCAAGGCCUGAUCACGGAAGAAACCAGGAACAAGUGGACGCUUGAUAGGUUUUGGAAGAACAUUGUUGCAUUUGAUAUUCCCGGUGUCGUGCUCUUCGCAGGCGGCCUGACCGUCUUCCUCCUGCCUUUCACUCUUGCGACACGUGCUCCGAAAGGAUGGAAAACCGACUACAUAAUCGCCAUGAUUAUCGUAGGCGUAGUCGUACUCGCCGCCUUCGGUGUCUACGAAACCUACAUCGCCAAAGAACCCUUCCUCAAAAACAAGUUCCUCACUGACCGCUCCGUGAUCGGCGCUUGCCUCAUCGACAUGACCUACCAAGUGUCCUACUACUGCUGGAACAGCUACUUCACCUCUUUCCUGCAAGUCGUGUGCAACUUGUCUGUCGCAGAAGCAGGCUAUGUGAAUAGCACAUUUCAGGUGGUUUCAGGUGUGUUGUUGUUCAUCGUGGGAUAUUUGAUCCGACGUACAGGAAGGUUCAAGUGGCUCUUCUACGUUACGGUGCCGAUCUAUACGUUUGGCCUUGGCUUGAUGAUUUACUUCCGGCAGCCGAACGUCAAAGUAGGCUACAUCAUUAUGUGCGAGAUUUUCAUCUCGAUCGGCGGAUCGGUUUUCAUCCUUCUGGUUCAAUUGGCUUGCCUGGCUGCGGUCGACCAUCAGUUCGUAGCAGCAGUGUUAGCGCUGCUAUACGUGAGCGGCACGAUUGGAGGUGCAAUUGGCAAUGCGAUCAGCGGUGCGAUUUGGACGAACACGUUCCUGAGCGCGCUGCAGAGCAAAUUACCGGAAAGCGCGUUGCCGGACGUGUUGACCAUCUACUCGAGCUUGCCGGUGCAGUUGUCGUAUCCUGUCGGUAGCGCUGAGCGUCUUGCUAUACAAGAAGCUUAUGGAUAUGGGCAAACGAGGAUGCUGGCUGCCGGGGUGGGAAUCUUUGGUUUAGCCUUCAUUUGGAUGUUCCUCAUCCGGAACCACGAUGUGUCGAAGAAGGGGCAGACCAAGGGAAUGGUAUUCUAG